AUGACCUGUCUCUGGACCCGGGAGAGAUCCUACACAUAUCGCGAACUCCAAGACCGGGCCUGUCAAUAUGCGCAUUUCUUCUUGUCGCACGGCGUGAAAAAGGGCGAGCUCGUGGCUUUGUAUCUUCAAAAUCGCGAAGAGUACAUGUUUGCCUGGGUGGCACUUUGGAGUAUCGGCUGUGCCCCAGCAGCCAUCAACUAUAACCUCACAGGCGACGCACUCGUCCACUGCUUGAAGAUCAGCGAGGCCAAACUCCUAAUCGUGGAUGAAGACUCCGGAUGCCGUACCCGAGUGGAAGAGUCCCAGGAUGCAAUCGUUGGAAAUCUAGGCAUGAAGCCAGUGGUACUGGAUGACUCGCUGAAGGCACAUAUCAGUACCUUUCCAAAAACUCUACCCCCGAAGGAGAUGGCCAAAGGCAUGAAGGGUGAAUUCCCAGCUGUCCUGCUAUACACUUCUGGAACGACCGGGUUGCCCAAAGGGUGCGCAUUCACCGUGUCGCGUCUAUACACAACCAUGCAUGUACGCCGUGCUAUGGUAGGAGACACACCUGGACCAGAUGGCGAUCGCUGGUACAGCUGUAUGCCGUUAUAUCACGGAACUGCAGCCAUAUCCAUGAUGUCAUGCUUGGCUUUGGGAGUCAGCAUUGCAAUUGCGCCCAAAUUCAGCGUGAGCAAAUUCUGGGAGGACAUUCGUGCCUCGGAAUCAACGUUGUUCGUGUAUGUCGGAGAGACGGCACGCUAUUUGCUGGCACCUCCGCCUUCACCAAAGGAUCGUGACCACAAGGUUCGCUGUAUGUACGGCAAUGGUCUGCGGCCUGAUAUCUGGGAGAAGUUCCGAGAUCGAUUCGGGGUCCCGGAAGUCGGCGAGUUCUUCAGUAGCACGGAGGGGGUUUUCAAUCUCUUCAAUCAUAAUCGGGGUCCCUUCACGUCGGGGGUUGUGGGACAUCAUGGCUUGAUCUUGCGCGGCCUCUUGCAUAAUGUCUUCGUCCCUGUGGCUAUUGACCCGGAGACUGGUGAUAUCUUGCGGAAUCCCAAGACUGGAUUUGCGACGCGCGCGAGCUAUGAAGAAGGUGGGGAGAUUAUCGUCAAUGUGCCCGGAAAAGACGCAUUCCAAGGAUAUUGGCGCAACGAUGAAGCCACGAACAAGAAGUUCUUGACGGACGUCUUCAAGAAAGGGGAUCUUUACUACCGGUCAGGAGAUGCUCUGCGUCGUCAAAGCGAUGGCCGCUGGUACUUCCUCGAUCGUCUUGGGGACACCUUCCGCUGGAAGAGUGAGAAUGUAGCCACGGCAGAGGUUGCAGAAGUCGUGGGCCAGUUCCCAGGUAUCACGGAAGCGAACGUUUACGGUGUCCGCCUUCCCAAUCAUGAGGGACGUGCAGGCUGUGCGGCAAUUCAGAUCAGCCCGGAUGCCCGUCAGUCGUUCGAUUACUCGGCGCUUGCUCAGUUCAUUCGCUCCAAGCUGCCUCGAUAUGCCGUUCCUCUGUUCCUGCGGAUUGUCGAAAAUCCUACACAUAUCCAUAACCACAAACAGAAUAAAGUACCACUUCGAGAUGAGGGUGUGGACAUCUCUCUUAUUGGAACAAAAGCACCAGAGGGGAAAGAUGACCAUUUCUUGUGGAUUGCGCCGGGAGAUGAUACUUAUUCUUCGUAUGGUCAGAAAGAGUGGGAUCGAUUGUCAAGUGGUGGUGCUCGUCUGUGA